AUGGGUGGUACAGGAGAAGAUGAUCCCUAUUCGUGGGACAUCGAAGUUGUAGUUCAACAGCUUUGUGUUCCCGGAUGUCUAUGGAGUAGAGAUCCUGACUCUCUUGCAACGCGCAUUCGUGAAGAAGAAAUCGAUGGCAAAACUCUAUUGACAUUUGAGUAUGUAUGCUCUCGGCAGGAGUUGAUGGACUGUUUAAAUAUCAGGAUCGCUCGCCAUAAAGCCGCUCUUUCGGAAACCAUCGUCACCCUCCGAUCCAAGAGUAAGGGGUAUUGGCUGUGGAACCAGGAUUUCAUGCGGAAAAAGUCCAAUUAUUGUGACGAGCAAGCCCAAGAGCCAACAAGCUGUGCAACAGAGCGCACCCAUCCCCUCAACCUGCCGAAUGGUGAUCAUCAGAGACAAGAUGAAACAUUCACACUAGCUUCCACCUCGGAUGCGACACUCCACAACACGGAUGAGAGAUCAAUACAAGAGUACGCGGGCAUGAACCAGAUACCGGAAUUGCAAAAAGAUUGCCAGCCCAGUUCUGUCGAGGAUUCUCAUUCGCCACCUAUUCACGAACCCCCCGCUCAAGACACAGAGGGUGAUGAGAGGUCAACCAAACGCAGACGACUGGCGCCUACGCUUCUAGCAGAAAAACCACUCAGCAUUGCCGGCGCCUUUCUUCCCACAGAAGCUGAUGUUCUUACCUACACGACCGCUAAUGCAAACUCGAUUUCUGAAGAAGCCUUUCUCUGGGAAGAUGCACCAGCGUAUGCUUACUUGGGCGACGGUAAGGUCUCGCGAGAGGCCAUCUUGUCGCCCAAUGACGCAUUGACCUCUCUAGUCAGACAACACAAACAUGCAGACACUUUCGAUUCAACCAGUUUGCGUAGGAUACCGCCUGCAAGGAGACUUGUAGUCAACAAGGUUUUAAAGCGGCUUUUCAGAGGUCGCCUCCGAAUACCCGAACACUCUUCGUCAUCACUAAGUCUACUCUCAGAUCCAGACGACGAAACUCUCGAGCUGGCAGAGCUUGGUGGUGUUGGUGACGAGACCGAUGACAAGACAUGGGAGGAGGUUAUGAAUGAAGAAGCCGAGUAUCAAGUGGCACCUCACAAUGAUGGCGAAUCUGAUCCUUUUGUCACCCCUGAGCGAGUCGCAGAAAUACUAAACGAUACUAUCGAAACUGUUGAGGCAAACUGGCGGGAAAAGAAGCUUCCGAAAUACGAACGAAAAGCUCACGGCCUAUGGCAGAAAUCUCGACGCCAUGGGACUAAGAAACAGCAAAUCCAUGGAGCACAUCAACUGGCCAUGCAUCUCAUCAAUCGCAUCCAAAAAUUAUGCUAUGAAAUACAAAAGCAAGAAUCGAAAUCGGAAUCAACAUACCGCGACUUGGCCAAAAGUCUUGAACAGAGUUUGGAGGACAAGCUGUAUCAGACGUGGUUGAUCAAUAUGCUAGAGUCCUCGAAACCGCCCCCAAAGCCACAAGGAGCCCCCAGACCAAAGCCAGCCAACGAGCGGCAACCCAGAGAGCUUCUAGAAGAUGAAGUCCUUACAAGCUCCGACGAAGACGAUGAAUUUAUUCUUCGUGAUGAUCGCUCCGGUUUUGUCGAAGAAAGUCAGCACGAAGAUCAGUGCUCGCCAAUUCGCACUAUGAAGGAAGAACCAAUGGAUGUUGACCUUACAUUUGUUGAUUUGACCCAGGAUGACGCCGACGACCGCGAUGGCUGCGAUUUGACUCAUCCCAUUGACCUGACCAGCCCCGCCAAGUAUACGAACAAAUCUUUUGUGGAAGAAGCACAGAGUGAGGCUCUCGACACACACACACCGGAAACCACCGUGCCUGAAUCCGUCGUUCCCGAGACCCAGGCUCCUACCAGCCCCGCUGAAACACAAACCGAUGGACAUGGUCCCCCAUUAGAAACAUCCCCACGUCCUCACGACAAUCGCGAUCUCGAACCUCCCUCCAUCGAGAAUUUUGGUGACCUUCAAAAAUUCGCCUCAGAAUCGCUCAAUAAGCUAGCCAAGAACAGUGAUCGUUGGCGGUUGUUGAUUGGCGAAAUGUGGCAGAUGGAACAUGAGCGAAGAAAGGCAGCAGUCGAUUUGAUUUUGUCGGAGGAGCCUGAUAUUAUCUGGUCGAAACAUAUUGUUCCUUACCUCGACGCAUUAGAAAAAGAUGGGCGAGAGCCGAACCAGGACAGCUCUGAGGUGGUCCUUUUUGAUGUUACGCGCCUUUGUCACUGUUUCUUCAUGUGCCAGCACAAGACAGACGAUCAGAUGCUGAACAUGAAACCGGCAAAGGUCAAGAAGCAUCUCCUGAAGCAACAGUCGCGAUCCAAUAUGUUCGAGCCAUUAUGCAUGUUCGUCAAGCUACUCAUGCCCUUCUUUCCUCAAGACAGUCAGAUCUACAAGGAAGAGAAAGAUAUUCUCGAUGAAUUUUUCCCGGAGGAAGAGAAUGACUUGGACAACUUGGACGAUCUGGAUGGCAUUGAUGCAGAGGACGACCGAGACAGCCAAAGACCACGGGGAAAGGAAAUCAUUCGCGACAAAGCCGCAGUGGAUCUCCGUGAGCGAGAAAACCAAAGACUUGAAGAGCAAGAACGUCGCAGGAUCAGAUUAAGAGCAACCCUUGCUUCUCAACCCUUGGCCUCUGAGAAUGGAAACUUCAUCAUCAUAAACGAAAGCAAAGAGGAACACGAAGGCUUCAUCUGCGUCAAUGAUCACAUUGCUCGUAGUAUCAAAAAACAUCAAAUCGCGGGUGUUCGCUUCAUCUGGGACCAGAUCGUGCGUGACGCUAGUGUUCGACAAGGCUGCUUGCUUGCUCAUACAAUGGGACUCGGAAAAACUAUGCAAGUCAUCACUGUUCUUGUUGCUUUGGCAGAGGCAUCAGAAUCUAAAAAUCCAUCCGUACUUGCUCAAAUUCCUGCAGACUUGCGAAACUCACGUACUUUGGUUCUUUGUCCGGCUGCACUUGUGGACAACUGGAUGGACGAACUUUUGAAGUGGGCUCCAGCAAAUGCACUCGGCGAGUUGCGCAAGGUCACGGCAAAUAUGCCCCUGCCUGAAAGGGCUUCUACGGUCACGUCAUGGGCAUCCGAAAAAGGGGUCCUGCUUGUGGGCUACAAUAUGUUUCAAAAGCUUAUUGAAAUGUCUUCAGAACUAUCGAGUCUUCUCACCGGUCGCCCUGACGUGGUUGUUUGUGACGAGGCACACCAUAUGAAAAACCGGGAGUCGAAAACCAACAUCGCAUGCUCGCGCUUCCGGACCAAGAGCCGCAUUGCACUCACGGGAUCACCCCUGUCCAACAACGUGCUCGAGUAUUUUGCCAUGAUCGAUUGGGUCGCACCCAACUUUCUUGGCCCAUACUCCGAAUUCCGUGAAAUCUACUCUGCUCCGGUGGAACGAGGUCUCUAUCACGAUAGUACAACCUUCGAAAAGAGGAAGGCGCAGACAGUGUUGAAGGCAUUGGAGCAGAUGGUAGCGCCAAAGGUCCAUCGUCGCAACAUCAACGUUUUGAAGGACGACUUGCCGCCAAAGCAGGAAUUCAUUAUCUUUGUACCACCCACAAAGCCCCAAAAGAAAUUGUACCGAUUGUACGUCAAAGGUGUAUCCAGAGAGGGCGGCGACACACAAGCCGACACGUUCGCUGCCAUCAAUCACCUUGGGCUAAUAUGCAGUCAUCCUAAAUGCUUCCAGGCGAAGAUCAAGAAAAUUCAAGAUGCCAGUAUGUCGAGAGGCGAUGAGGAUGAUAAAGCUACCGACAAAUCCUUCCCCAAGACCAUUAUUCCUGAGUUCACUAGGACGCUGCAAUCAUUUAGAGACUUGAGCUCGCCAGCAUUCUCCUGGAAGACGGAGCUUUUAACAACCAUACUUGACGAAGCAGGCAAAGUCAAUGACAAGGUACUUGUUUUUAGUCAGUCUCUGCAUACACUGGACUACCUUGAAAAUAUGUGUAAAAUGCAGAGAAGAACAGUGUCCCGGUUGGACGGCAAGACCCAAGUAGCGGCCCGACAACAACAAGUCAAAGACUUUAACCAGGGUAGCAAGGAGGUGUUCUUGAUCUCUACGGCUGCUGGUGGCGUUGGCCUCAAUAUUCAAGGUGCCAACAGGGUCGUAAUUUUCGACGUCAGAUACAACCCAGCCCAUGAGCAACAGGCUGUGGGUCGCGCCUAUCGUAUAGGGCAGCAGAAGAAAGUUUUUGUUUAUCGCUUUAUGGUUUCUGGUACGUUCGAGGAAAAUCUCAACAACAGACAAGUAUUCAAGAUGCAACUUGCAUCACGGGUGGUAGACAAAAAGAACCCCAUCAGUUGGUCGAAGCGCAAAGGCGAUGUUGUAGCAGAGAUCAAAGAACGACCGGCAACUGAUCUCGUUCCAUACCUCGGCAAGGAUCUGAUUCUUGACAAACUCAUCAACCACCGAGAGAAUGGCGAGGCAAUCCGCUCCAUUGUAUCAACAGACACGUUUGAGGAGGAGGACCUAAGCGCGACUCUCACUGAGGAAGACAACAAGGUGGUGACAAAGCUCAUUGAACUGAACCAGCUUCGAGUUUCCAACCCAGAAGAAUACGCCAGAGCCAAGGUUAGCGCGGAUUUAAUGGAACAAGCCCGGCUGUCUAGAGAACAAGAACAGCUCCUUCGCCCUACACAGGCUCAGCCUGUGCACCGGUCAUUUGACGGAGCGAUGGAUAUGCCCGGCGACACUCAGUUUCUGCCGGCCUCGUCAACAGCCACACAGCAUCAGUGGGGUCUAUCAGGUACCAGCAGGCCGCCUAUCCUCCCUAGUCACGGUCCACUUCCCAUGUCAAUGGCCGGUGCGAACACGUUUUUUCGUGAACAAUACAUGGAACCACCCACUACACAACAGUCAGUGCCAAAUGCGACUUUGCGAGGACUUGCACAGUCGAUACCAUCUCAAAAUCUAUCAGCUGGUUCGCCGAGGAUUGCGCAAUUUACCAGUGCGUCGUCGAAUGGCCCGCCAAACCGAGAGUCUGGGUCGGCUCAAAAUACUGGAGUACAUUCACAAGCUAGUCCCAUCUUUAAGCAAGGCGGGAUGUUCAGUUCGACUGAGAUCUCCGCAAGGACUGAAUUCGAGACGUACCUACGGGAAAGCAUUCAGAACCUGCAAAAACGCGACGUGUCGACGAUGAGAGACUACCCAUUUGAGGAUGCCAGAGCUCUGACUACAAGGAUAGACCGAAUCCGUAAGGAGGCCCAAUACGGUCUGCUACCUGACAUGAGACAUUGGAAACUACUUAAGGAAUUCAUAUCACACGAAAAUUUUGUGAUUGCCAUCAUCUCAGGCUACAUCAGCCCGGAGUAUGUGGCUCAGGCCGCAGCCGAAGAGCUAGAGGAGCGACUCAAGCCUAUCCGCGGGCUUGAAGAAGAUAAAAUUUUCUCUAUCGCACGCGAUAGAGCCAACGACCCAGAUGUAUGA